AUGGGUAAUCUGACCAUGAUCAGAGAAUUUCUUCUUCUGGGAUUUGGGAGCCUCCAUGGGUUACAGUAUUUCCUUUUCGGAAUAUUUCUGGGAGUCUAUGUAGUUACCUUGAUGGGGAACAUUGUCAUACUUACAGUCAUUUCCCUUGAUCGCAGCCUGCAAACUCCUAUGUACUUCUUUCUGUCCAAUUUCUCCUUCCUCGAGAUCUGGUACACUACCUCAAUUUCCCCUAAGAUGCUGCAGACCCUUCUCUCGGGCCACGAGGCCAUUUCCUUUGCAGGCUGUGCGGCCCAGUUUUACUUUUUCGGUUCCAUGGCAGUCGUGGAGUGCUUUCUGCUGGCAGCCAUGUCUUAUGACCGAUACCUGGCCAUCUGCAGCCCCCUCCAGUACCCAAACCUCAUGACUAUCCGCACGUGCAUCCUGCUUGCAGGUGGGUCUUGGCUGGGGGGGUUCCUGACCCCCGUGCUCACAGUCACCAUGACUUUCCAGCUGCCAUUCUGCACAGCUGAUGAGAUUGACCACUUCUUCUGUGACCUAGCCCCUGUGCUGAAGCUGGCCUGUUCUGAUUCCGAGACAGUGGCGAAAACCACUUUCCUCAUGGCCACCUUUGUCACCAUGGUGCCCUUCCUGCUCACCGUGGCCUCCUAUGUCCGCAUUGUUGCUGCCGUCCUCAGAAUCCCAUCGGCUGCAGGAAAGCAACGGGCCUUCUCCACAUGCUCCUCCCACCUCAUAGUGGUCACUCUGUAUUACGGGACACUGGGGACAGUGUAUGCCAUUCCCACGGCAACCCAGGCGGCUACCCUUAACAAGAUCUUCUCCCUGCUCUACACUGUAGUCACCCCCAUGAUCAACCCCAUCGUGUACAGUCUGAGAAACAAGGAUGUUAAGAAGGCAGUGAGGAGGCUCGUGAGUCGGUGGGCCUAUGCUAAGGGGACCUAA